UUCAUGACUUCCCGCUUCAACAACAGAAUCUGUGAUUGUGCGGUCGCUAAGUUGUUGUCCAGGUAGUUUUGAACCACAAUUUUAAGUCGCCAUUCAUUGAAUACAGUUUGCUUUGAAUAGUAAUCUGUUAUACACGUAAUGUCGUCUUUGUGGAAACCGUUUUCAGUGUCCGAAGCACCGUGUGAUCGUAUUAGUCUGAGACGAAGAUGCUCCCAGCAAUCGCAUCCCGCUGUAUUGACCCAGAGUCCAUCCCCCAGUUUGUGUGCUGUGUCUGGCACGGCGAUGUCGCGUUGUUCGCCGGAAAUCUCCAAGUGGGGUUCGCCAAAGAGAACGUUAUCCGCUGCGGCGAUCGGGGGCAGAAAGAUAACACACCCAGGGAAAGCUAUUUUAGCAGGUGGAAUCGCAGGGGGCAUUGAGAUCUGCAUAACCUUCCCCACAGAAUAUGUGAAGACACAACUGCAGCUGGACGAGAGAGCCAACCCACCCAGAUACAGGGGAAUUGGAGACUGCGUGAAGUUGACGGUCCAGGAUCAUGGACUGCGGGGUCUAUACCGUGGCCUUAGCUCCCUGCUCUAUGGGUCCAUUCCAAAAUCUGCUGUCCGGUUCGGCACCUUUGAGUUGCUAAGCAACCCCAUGCGGGAUGCUAACGGUCGCCUGGACAACACGCGCAGCCUGCUGUGCGGGCUUGGGGCGGGCGUGGCAGAGGCCGUCCUUGUGGUCUGUCCCAUGGAGACCAUCAAGGUGAAGUUCAUUCACGAUCAGUGUUCCCUGCAGCCUCGUUACAGAGGGUUCUUCCAUGGCGUGAGCGAGAUCAUCAGAGCCGAAGGAAUCCGAGGGACUUACCAGGGCUUGACAGCAACCGUGUUGAAACAAGGCUCCAACCAGGCUAUUCGCUUCUACAUCAUGAACUUGCUCCGCAACUGGUAUAAAGGCGAUGACCCCAGGCGGGAGAUGCACCCCCUGGCGACGGCAGCUUUCGGGGCAACAGCUGGGGCCGUGAGUGUGUUUGGAAACACGCCGCUCGACGUGGUCAAGACCAGGAUGCAGGGGUUGGAGGCUCACAGAUACAGGAACACUGUGGACUGUGCUUUCCAGAUACUGCGCAAUGAGGGGCUACAAGCGUUCUACAAGGGCACUGUACCACGGCUGGGGAGAGUGUGCCUGGACGUGGCCAUAGUGUUUGUCAUCUACGAAGAAGUCGUCAAGACGCUCAACAACUUCUGGAAGACGGAAUGAAGAAAAAAUUGAGGGAGAGUGGGGGAAGGAGAGAGCAACUUAACCACACCAGUUGAAGUGUCUUCAACUUCACCAAGCUUUGACUAAGUAUAUCAGUGACCAGUGGCAAUAUACUCAGCUUCACAGUGAAGUCCGCAUCUGCAUUCGAGGCACACAAGAGGCCCGAGAUCAGUGCGAACAGCCUAUAAAUGCAGCCAGCCACGAUUCUUUGGGGACACAUUUAUUUGUACGCCCAUCUGAAUGUCAUCAGUCUAUAUGUGGCCUCAUGUUUUUUUUCAUUAAAAGGCCUUGCUGUACUUCUUCCAAGCAUGGAGAGUAUUCAUAAACCAGCAAAACUGGGCAUAUCUUAACCUUGUCUUACGAGUGGCAACCUUGCCGUUUACUUUGAUAGCGUUCUGCCAGCUGAAGCCAUUAGUUAGCAUUGGGUAGCACUCUAUGGCAUUGGCGUAGAGAGAGGUUUGCGAAAUUAGGAUGGGGAUGAGUCAGUCGUUCAUUCACGAAAAGUUGACAUGGAUUCUAAAUGUUGCUUUUAAUCUAAUGUUGGUUUUUUCAAGGGCUUGUCUUGGCCUUAAGCCAGUGCAUCUAAACUCACGCCUGUAAGCUUUUAAUCAAACUUUUUGCAGCUGGGAUGGGUCAUUUCAGCUUGUCCGCUGGCUUCUGUUCUGCCUCUGCUUUCAUCGGUUUGCUUGAGUUUGGUUAAUAAGUCAGACACCCUGGUGUUCCAAGUGAACAUCACUUCCUAACCGGAAAGUACAUUUUAAAUAGAAAUAGGCUGCGUUAUCAUUUCAGUUUGUCGGAUUACUUACUGGAUUUGCUGCCAAGUGUUAAGCACUCGCUGUUGCCUACCUGAAAGCAGAGGCUCUGAUUGGUAGUUCCUCUCAAAUUAGCUUGUACAGUGCACCUGCGAGUACACUAGAAACUUAAACAAGACUACCAUCAGCAUAAAGAGCCAUUUCACUGAUGAAAGCAGUAUGCCAAAACCUCUGAAUACUUUCAGAACGUUGGGCCCUCUGGAACACGACUGCCCAUCCCAGCUUCAGAGAGAAGACUUCAGAGAGAUGAAAGAAACCUCACCUCUCCAAAAAUACACAGCCUUGUGCCAAGCCUUUAUUGUUGUGGCCUUCUUCAGCACAAUCUACGCAGCACCUGCACAGGCAUGGUCAGUUCCACCACCUACUGCUAUUUUUAGCAUGUCUUUCAGAAAUGGAGAAAAAGACAAUGGCUUUCUUGGACUGUGUUCAUUGCUUUAUUAUGAGAAAGUGUGCAGUGUGGACAAACUGGCCAGUAACGUCUGGAGCUCCUAAUGCAUUUGUGUGCUUCAGUACCGAACAAUUUGACAAACAUUUCAGAUUUCAGAACUGACCACCAAAGGGAAUUAUGACAUCGUCAUUAAGUUGCUGUGCACGAUAAAGCAAAACCUUAUUCACUUGAUUGACAAAUGUAAUAAUUGAUAACCAUUUGUGGAUUGUGAAAUGUUGAGUGCAGAAUAACACACAGAAUUGGUGCUGGCGCUGAUCCCUGAAACUGCAGAUCCACACAACUCUUUCUCCUCUGAAAUGCAUGAUUGUGUUCCGCCAGCAGUCUGCCAACAAGUUACUGUGCAAGCCUCUGAAAUGUAUUUCACCUAUCAUCUUCACCUGGGUCAGAGGUGUACAACUUCAGGACUUAAAUGACUGAAUAAACUGAAAAACCUGUA